CUGACAAACAUGGCGCUGCUGAGGAAACGUGUUAGCUGCAAACAACAACACGUUUGCUGCUGCUAUACUUAGCCGGAUUAUUAUUUUUGUCCGCGAUGGGAAGCAUAUCGUUUGGAUACAUGUCUAUGAAAAGGCGGUCUAGUUUUUAUUCCCCUACAUGUUAACGUGACGUGAAUGAUCUUGUAAAGCGGACCAACUGACACAGCUAACAUUAGCCACACCAUCCGCAGCAGAAUCAGCCACUAACGAACUAAUCCGCAGGAUAAUCCAGUCGGCUGUGACGACUAGCCAGGACCACUGUGUUGUAUGUCCAUCAGAAAAGCUCGAAAUAUAUAUUUCUUUUUCAAAGUACUCUCUUGGGGAAUGAAUAACAGAACUGUACUGGAGCGUCUUAAAAUAUCAACGCUAAAUAGAAAACGGUUAACUUAACCUGUGACAAUUCAAAAGGAUCUGUGUAGUGAUUAUUCUAACAAACGAGAUGGAAUUGAAUUUAAACCACGUUGAUUAUCUCCAGGUUGGAGUGACAUCUCAAAAAACCAUGAAACUUCUCCCAACUGUGGGGCGAAAAGCAACUCAAAAGUGCACAGUCAUCCUACACUUUGUGCUCCAUCAGGGCUCCGACCUUCAGUAUGAUGUAGAAGUUCCCGGACCUCCAACUGUUCUGGAACUUCUCAACAGAGAUGGUGGAAAGGGUGGUGAGGAAGUUCUUUAUGGAACAGCUGAUGGGAAACUAGGUCUUGUGCAGAUUACCAAAUCUGGACCCAUUACUAGUUGGGAACUGGAUAAUGAGAAGAAAAAAGGAGGUGUGCUUUGUAUUGAUACCUUUGACAUUGUCGGUGAUGGUGUGAAGGACAUCCUAGUAGGAAGAGAUGAUGGGACUGUGGAGGUCUACGGGUUGGACAGUUCAAAUGAGCCAACACUGCGCUUUGAGAAUGUUUUGUCUGAGAGUGUCACAUCGAUCCAGGGUGGCUGCGUUGGAAAGGAAAUGCAUGAUGAAGUUCUUGCAACAACUUACACAGGAUGGGUGUCAGGUCUCACCACAGAGCCUCAGCAGAUGGUAGCAGGCCCAGGAGAUGAGAUCAAGAUGAGCCGGGAGACCCAGGGGAAGGUGGCUGCACUCAGGGCAGAGUUAGAGCAGUUGCAGGUGAAAGUGUUGCAGGGGAGAGAAAAAUACCAGCAGAGCUCUCAGUCCAGCACGGCUGUGUCCUCUGUGCCAGUCUUUAGCAUCAAUGACAAAUUCGCAUUGUGCCAGGAUGAUGCCAGUUACAGCCUCACACUAGAGGUGCAGACCGCCAUUGACAACUUGCUGCUACAGAGUGAUGUUCCCAUUGACCUGUUGGAUGUCGAUAAGAACUCAGCAGUGGUCAGCUUCAGUGAAUGUGAUUCAGAGUCAAAUGGGAACUUCCUCCUCGCCACCUACAGGUGCCAAUCAAAUACCACUGGUUAUAGAAGUGCAGAAGACUGA